GAACUAAACAGUGGUGGUUUGGUGGUGGGACUGACCUCACUCCAACCUACCUGGAUGAAGAGGAUGCCGUUCAUUUUCACAAGACGCUGAAAGAAGCCUGUGACAAGCAUGAUCUGAAGCUGUAUCCCAAGUACAAGAAAUGGUGUGAUGACUAUUUCUAUAUCAAGCACCGUGGCGAGCGAAGAGGGAUUGGAGGCAUAUUCUUUGACGACGUGGACUCUCCCUCCAAGGAGGAAGUAUUCCAGUUUGUGAAGAGUUGUGCCAAAUCUGUUGUGCCUUGUUACAUUCCCAUUGUGAAAAGGCACUGCCAUGACUCCUUCACACCAGAAGAAAAGCUGUGGCAGCAGCUUCGGAGGGGACGGUACGUAGAGUUCAACUUGGUUUAUGACAGAGGUACGAAGUUUGGCCUCCUGACACCGGGAUCGAGAAUCGAAAGCAUUCUGAUGUCUCUGCCACUGACUGCAAGGUGGGAGUACAUGCACAACCCUCCGGAGAGCUCCAAAGAAGCAGAAAUCCUAGAGGUGCUGCGCAAUCCCAAAGACUGGGUGCACUGACACGGGUCACGAACAAGAUUGAUUGCUUACACUGAGCCAUUAUGAAAGAACUGGAAGGCCCGCAAACCGGCUCCUUCGAACUGCUGUUGCGUGGCGUUUUAAAAGUAUAGCUAUUUAUACUCUUACCUGGUGCCUUAAUAAUGCUGUAGACUUGUUGUAACUUGCAAGUAGGUGAACUCAUUCUUUAAGAUCGAUCAGCUAAUGUUAUCACCCCCUGUUGAUGUUGCCUUGUGGACUGGUGAUACCCUCACAGGACUACUGUGCAUGCUUAAGAACCUCCUCAGCUGAGUCGUUUGACUGCAAAAUGGUAAACUACUGUGAUGUGUUCUCCCAGUGGAAUGAAAGCGUUAUCUGUGCCUAAGUUGUGCUGCUUACUCUUAGAAAAUGUUGGGAUGUCUUAAAAAUAUUUUUUAAAGAAUAAAGGGAAUAUUUGGUAUGAUUUUAAAUCUU